AUGGCGUCAGGACAGAUGACGUCGAUACCACUAUCUAUUGCCCUGGUUGAUCAUGAUAGGAAUGUGGCUAAAACUGAUAACUCAAGCCAAGCAGAGCUGCAGCCAACUGACAGCUUGACUACAAUUGGAGGAAUUACCAAAGUGACAGCUGUACAAGGAGUUUUUUAUUUCGAUGAAUUUAUUAUUGUUGGUACCCUGGGAAUAAAACUCAAAUAA